AUGACAAUGGAUCACGACGCGUCCAUCUCGUGGUCGGAGCCCCUUCCGGAGGAGUCGCUCAUGUCCACCGCCAACGAAGAUGAGUUCUCCAACUUCCUGGAAUUCGGCAUCAAUUUCCCCGAUCUGGAGGGGCACGGCUCGGCGCCGCCUCAACAUCAGCGCACCAUGCAGAAUGCCGAUAACCACAUCCCUGCCUCCAUGGCCGACGAUAGCGUCAAUCGGAUGGACACCGACCCGACGACGCAGCCGCCGCAGUAUGCCUCCAUGGUCGGGGAUCAUGUUGCCAUGAACCUGCACGACAACGCUCAGGCCCAAAGCCAAGCAUUCCACUUCUCCCACGAACAGCAGCAUCAGCAACACCAGCAUCCUGCACCCCAGCACGAACAACACCCGCAUCACCCUCCGAAGCAAACUCCGCAAGAGCAUGCUGCCAACCACAACUUCUCUCAUGGCCAGCACGUAAUUCCCCCGACCCCGAAUAGCAUCGAGCUCCAUGGUGGUGCAGCCCGGUAUCCUCAGCGCGUCGAAUCGGGCCAUGACAUGUACGAUCGCUACGGGCAGAUGAAUGAGGACCAGACGGCCUUCUACACCCCUCUCGUCUCUCCCGCCAUGACACCCUUAGAGACGCAAUUCCGUAUGCCCGAAUAUACAAUUCCUGGCGAAUACUUUACCCCUCUCACCUCGCCCGCUUUGGAAGCCCAAAACUCCAACCCCAAUGGCUACUCCUUUCAGACGACGCAGCCCCCAAGCGGUGGCUAUGUGCAGUCGCCCGUCGAUGCCAAUGCCACAUCCGCACCAUCUUCCCCCGGUGUUCUCAGAAAACAGCGGCGUCGUCCGUCCAUCGCCACAAGAACGCCGGGACGGGCGGCUAAGGCGUCUCCCUCCAUCCAGCCCAAGAACCGGCGGAAGCAGGCUGUGAGUGCACAGCUCGCAGAUGACGUCGCCCAGGCUCUCAGUCAGGACCAGACUGGCAGUCGUCCAACCACCAGUGGAGCCAGUUCGCUCCGUUAUGACAGCCAUGAGAGUUCGGGUCAGGAUUCUGUAUCUCCGGAGCCCAUCUCGGAGCCGUUGAUGCCUCCACCCGCGCUGCCGCCGACCCGCAAGUCGCCGGCCAUGGGACCGCAGAUCACCCAGCCCAGGACGAGCGAACCUGCAACCCCGGCGACGCUGAUGCGGAUCCAGAACCGGCAGCACAUGCAAGAUCCGUCCGGUCAAUUCUCGGGGUACGCAGGCAUGGUUACCAGCCAACCCCAGGAUGAGCCGAUGGAGGAUGUCCAGCUUCCAGAAGCGGUGACGGAUACGAGACCCCAAGUGCCUCCAGCAUCUUCUUCCAAGUCCACGCCCUCCGUGGAGCCCAAGUCGGCUUCCGAAAAACCGCCGUCUGGAUCCGUGACGCCGAGUCCUCACCAGGGAGCUAUGGCCUCACCGAGUGGACCGGUUCCCAAGAAGUCGGAGACGAAGGCUCCAGUGAGUCGAAAGCGACAGAGCGUCAGUUCUCAUAUCAGUCCAGCUCUACGGCCUCGGAUAAGCCCCAGCAUUCAGCCUUUGGUGCGCGGUGAUACCGGUAUGUCGAGCGAGACUUCGGCGUUAUAUCUGGCUUCCAAAUCGAACUAUCAGCAUAUCUUGGAUGGCACUGUGUUGCCUGGUGUCACGUAUCCCGAGACGCUGGCCGAGAACCUGAGCUCGAAACGCACCAAUCACAAACUGGCGGAACAGGGUCGGAGAAAUCGUAUCAACACCGCUCUCAAAGAGAUCGAAUCGCUUCUACCGCCCGGUUUUGCCCAGGAGAGGCUCAGCCAGCGGAACGAAGCCAAAGGCGAUGGCCAGGGAACCCCAAACACGAAGAAUGGGGAAAAGGAGAAAGAAAAGAGUACCCAUCAGACGAUCAGCAAGGCCAGCACGGUGGAGCUGGCUAUUGACUACAUCAAGUUGCUGAAGAAGGAACUGGAGGAGACGAAGGCCCAGCUCAAGGCUGCAGAAUCGAAACUAGCCGGGAAACCCGCCGACGGUGCGGAUACGGAGAGCAAGACGGGGCCUGGAACCGGCAGUGAGGCAGAUGCAGAGGCAGAGGCAGAGGCAAAAGAGCCCAACGCCACAUCGACGCCUGUGGAAACGACGACAGCGUGA